AAAUCUGUAGAAAUGACUUAUGCUGAUUUCUUGCACGUCCCUUGGUAAGUUCACUUUCUUUUCAUUUAUCCGAAUUCUUCACCGCUAUCAAAAUGUGUAUCCUCGCGUAAGGUUCUUUGGGAGUUGUUUGUAGCUGUACAGUAAAUCAUUUGAGCCCGUAGCAUAUUUCGAUCGUAACGUCUGAUGAUUUGGUCUAGCGUUGCCAAAUUGUACUAGAGGGGCUUUUACUGAUGGUAAAGACUGCUGACUGCUAACGAAAAGUUCACUGAAUAUUGAAUAUAAACUGAAGUUUAUGAAAGGAGAAAACUUGAAAGGAAUAUGGCUGAGGGGGAAAAAUAAACUUCCAAGCCCUGGUUGUUUUAAGGUCGGAUAACAAUAUCCACUAAAUAAAUCGCGAUCUGGUGGAUAACCUAAUACAUUUUGUUGACAAUUAUCCGCUGGAUAGCGAUUUAUCCAUUGGAGACCGUUAUCCGCCCUUUGUAUAACUGGGCUUAGAUGUUUGCAUCUGGCAGUAUGGUCAGAUAACUUAUGCAUUAUGCUCGACAAUUUUGAGCGUCACCGGGCGGAAUGCGCACUCCGACUCCGUUGCAUUGUAGUAGCGUUAUUUUCGAUAGGGCGAUGAAGGCGGAAAUCUGCAGAUUUUGACUGAACGUUCCGUAAAAGUUAGGUCGUUCCUUUUUCUUUCACCAUAGGUAAAUGAAAUUUGAUUGAUUCUAAAUGCGUAGAAGUAUUUUUUGUUCGUAUUUGUCGCGUAUUCAAUGGUUCUCAAGGACAAACGCAAUCACUGUUUUACAGUACGUAACUUGAGACCGGUUUUCAAGAAGGUCAAAUUUGAUGUAUGUCGUAGUCUGAAGCCUUUCAAAGAUUUGAACGGCCUCUGAAAACUAGACACUGUUGAAGCGUUAACUCGAAUUUGCUAAGGGAUUUGUUGUGUAGCAAAUAGGCAAUUUUACAUACGAGGUCGCAAUAACUGGUGUGCGUAGCUGGCGGUUUUAUUGGGGAAUAUUUGAGCAAGUUGCGAAGCCGCAAGGGGUAUAAAAUUCAAGGAUUCACGCCCCAAGAGCAAAUUAGCGUACAAGGUGUUUGCGUGACAAAAAGAAAGGUCAGUUCACUAAAAUGGAAUCUGUAAAACGUCAAAACAUAGUUAAUAAGCUGCCAAAUAUGUGUAAAGUAUAGCCAAAACAGAUACGCGAAAUCAACUUGAACAAAGAAUUAAAAUCGCUCAGAAAGCUCACAUCAAAUGAAAUCUUUAAAACCUCAAAAUAUGAAAAAUCGGCUGCCAAAUAUGUGUAACAUAUAGCCAUAUGGCAGCGAAAUAGAUGCGCGAAAAUCAAAUUGAAGACAAGAAUUAAAAUGGGCUUGUGGCUACUGAUAUAACAUAAUUUCUAUGGCGUUGAAAAGAACUAGAGGUCGUACAAUGACGCCAGAAGGUAGUGUUGCAGAAUAUUUGUCUCCCAUGCGAAAAAAAAACCCUGCGCAUCCCUCAUAGUUAUAAGUACACUGUUCCACAUGAGAAAGAAGAUUCAAGAAUAUAGUGAUAUUUGACCAAUAAUUAAAUGGUAACAAAUAAUCAUAUUGACAAUAAUGAUAUUGAUAACAAAAGUAAUUUGAUAAUAAUUAAAAGCAGCUGGCUCGAAAGCCUCAUGGUUCCCAUAUUCUCUGAGCGCCAACAAUUUCGACUGCUAUUUUCUUAUUUUAUAGCAGUUCCAUUUUGUGAGCCUUUUGUUUCAUACAAUAAGGCAUUCCGCCUUUUUUUUUGGAUAUUCCGUAAUUUCACGUCUUAAGAUAUUCCGCCGUUCCGCCGUUCCUCCGUUCCGCCGUUCCUCCGUUCCUCCGUUCCUCCGUUCCUCCGUUCCUCCGUUCCUCCGUUCCUCCGUUCCUCCGUUCCUCCGUUCCUCCGUUCCUCCGUUCCUCCGUUCCUCCGUUCCUCCGUUCCUCCGUUCCUCCGUUCCUCCGUUCCUCCGUUCCUCCGUUCCUCCGUUCCUCCGUCCCUCCGUCCCUCCGUUCCUCCGUUCCUCCGUUCCUCCGUUCCAUCAUUCUCUUAAAUGACUUCGCAGCUUGCUCGCCUCGCAAACUUAGCAGCUCUUUUUGGCAUACGUCGCUGAUUCAAACGGUAAAAUACCCUCUUUCCAAAGAAGAAAAUUUUGCUCAAAGCUUUUAUGAUGUGCAGAUCAAUUCUACUGAGAUAUUUCUGCAAGGAAAAGUGAUGGAUGACUGUUAAAUGAUUUUUCAGAUGUUUUUCGUCUUUUGUAGUGUCACGGCAAGAACUAAAAAGUGUUUAUCUUUGGGUCUACAUUAUUCUCUGAUUCUCUAUUUUGACACGCUGGAGUGGUGGUAGAGCAUCGGAGCGCGGAAUCCGAAGGUCUGAGGUUUGAUUCCUCAUGGGAACUCAGAAUUUUUUUCUUUGUCCCACGCUCGUGACAAGACGAAAAAACAUCCUUCUCUAUUUCUUUACCGAGCUCAAAACUUACCAUUUCUCUUAUUCCAUUUAUAAACAUAACGCUAUCGACAUUGCUGAUCCUAGUAUGUAGGACGCGUGUCAUAUGAAAUUCGUAAUAGACCUCGCUUACAGAAGAGUCUCUGAGGCUUAGUGAUAGAGCAUCGGAGCGCGGAAUUUCGAUACCUCUUGGGGACUCAGAAUCUUUUCUUUGUCCCACGCUCGUGACGAGACGAAAAACAUCUUUCUCUAUUUCUUUAUCGACCUCAAAACUUGCCAUCUGUCUUAUUCUCUCCAUAAAUGAUUUUGUCGCAUAAUGUAACUUUCAUUUUCAGGGCACUGCUUGACGUGUUACCAGUGCAUGAGUGCCAAGAGUUGGGAUGACUGUGGAAGUAAAGCGAAGAAACAAACCUGUUCGCCACUACAGAGUACAUGUGCCAAGUUUCAACAAACAAUUCCAAGUUGGAGAGGAACGUUGUAUGCCAAGGGUUGUACUAGCACCGAACAAUGGUGCAAAAAUAUUGUGAAAUGUAAGGAUCUUUGUAACGAUCCUUCCCCAAACUUGUGUUCCGCCUACUGCUACAGUGGAGACCGGUGUAAUAGAUGAACACUGCCAACAGCCAGCACCAUCACGUCUCUGGCAUGCACAUUUGUAGCCUUUAUUAAUUCGUUUAGUUCGUUGAUUAAAGAACUACUCUUCUAGACAGGCCAAGUGAAAUGGAG